AUGGGUAUUAAAAUUAUCGGAUUUAAUCUUUCACCUAAUACUCUUAAAACACUUUGUGCCCUUGAAGAAUUGGGUAUAGAAUACGAAUAUGAACAGCCCGAAUUCUCAGAAAUUAAAUCACCUGAAUAUCUCGUAAAAAAAAAUCCAUAUGGGAAAGUUCCAGUAAUGAUUGAUGAUGGUUUUACAGUCUACGAAUCACGUGCAAUUUGUCGUUAUCUCCUAAAAAAGUACCAAGGAACCAAAAAUACUACAAUUCUCAUUCCAAACGAUCUACAAAAGGCCACUUUGGUUGAACAAUACUUAUCAGUUGAAAGCUCAGAAUUUGAUACACCAGCAUCAACUAUUAUUUAUCAAGAAAUUAUUCUCAAGUUUCUGGGUAAAGAAGCUAAUACUGAAAAGGUCAAAGAAGCAAAAGGAAAACUUGAACAGACAUUGGAUGUCUAUGAAAAAAUACUCGAGGGAAAAGAUUAUUUGACUGGUGAAUAUUCUUUGGCAGACCUUAGUCAUAUACCUGUUAUCGCUGCUUGUAUUGAUAAAACUAGCUCUAAAGAUAUAUUUUACGAUGCUAAGAGACCCAAUGUCGUUAAAUGGGUGAAAAGACUUUAUGAAAGUCCUGCUUGGAAACAAGUAGUAGCAAAACAUAAAAUUAACUAA